AAGUACGCGACAGAAUUUAUAUGCAUGAAAUCAGAGCGUAAAAUUUCACUUUCACAUUCCCCUGCCGGUGCGUGUGUGUUUUUCUUGUCAAAAAGUAAAAAGCAAGUAAAAAGUCCAGCGCAAUAAAAACAUUAAUUUCGGGUGAUAUUUGAGACAUGAGUACGGGCAGUACGGGGUCGUUGCUACCAAAAUGGCAGUUGGCAAUUUUAUUGGGUGCACCAAUUGCACUUGGACUUGGUUAUUUAUACUAUCGCAAUCAAACCACUAAAUUGUGUGAAGAUGCCAGCGAUACGGGAAAGAAGAAAAUCAGCAAUUCGAAAGACAAAUCAAUAUCGUUGGACGGUGAUGAUAAAAUGCUGAAGGAGAAAUCAGAACCAAAACCACAAAGUGAAUUGGAAAAAGCGAUUGCAUUUAAAAAUGAUGGUAAUUCACGAUUUAAAAGUGGCAAAUAUAAUGAGGCCAUUGAAUUUUAUAAUAAGGCGAUUGAUACGUGUCCGAAAACGCAUCCGUUGGAUUUGUCGACAUUCUAUCAAAAUCGUGCCGCGGCCUACGAACAAUUGAAGAAAUGGGCCGCCGUUAAAGAGGAUUGUACCAGUGCAUUGGAAUUAAAUUCACGUUAUGUUAAGGCAUUGUACCGUCGUGCAAAGGCGUGCGAACAUACAAACGACUUGGUAUCCAGUUUGGAUGACAUCACUGCCACCUGCAUUUUGGAAGGUUUUCAAAACAGUAACUCAUUGGAAUUUGCCGAUCGUGUUUUAAAAGAUAUGGGUCGUCGUGAUGCCAAAGAAGCAUUUUCAAAGCGUCAAGUCGUCUAUCCAUCGGCCAAUUUUAUCAAGACCUAUUUUGCAGCGUAUAUAAAUGAUCCGUUAACGAAAAAUAGCAACGAUGAUGCCGAUUAUGCCGAUGAUAGUGGUUUAAGUCGGGCAAAGAAAGGGCUUAAAGAUGCUAAAUAUGAUGAUAUCAUUGCAGCAUGUACCGAUGAAAUCACAUCACCCGAAUCAAGUGAAAAGCGUAAACUCGAAGCAAGACUCCUUCGUGGCACAUUCAAACUGUUGAUUGGUUUGAUGGAUGAAGCAACACAAGAUUUUGAUUACAUCGUUGACAGUUCCGAUGCUGACAUCAACAUGAAAGUGAAUGCAUUGGUAAAACGUGCCUCGUUAAAUGUGCAAAACGAUCAGCACCAAAAAGGAUUCGAAGAUUUUGAAAUAGCAGAAAAAAUAGAUCCACAAAAUGCCGAUAUAUUUCAUCAACGUGGCCAGGUGUUUGUAUUACUCGAAAAACAUGUUGAAGCUUUAUCCGAUUUUAAUACAGCGGUUGCAUUAGCACCCGAACAUUGUCCGGCUGUCGUUCAAAAAUGCUAUGCCGAAUAUCGGUUUGCAACUAUAGUUCAGAAUCAAGUUCAAAUUUAUAAUGCCAUUCAAGCGACACAUCGUGCCGUCGAAAAAUUUCCCAAUAACCUUGAAUGUUACAAUAUUUUGGCACAAAUCCUAUCCGAACAACAACAAUUUGAUAAAGCCGACGAACUAUUCGAAAAGGCAAUCAAUUUACAACCGUCACAAGCAUCAUUAUAUGUUCAUCGUGGUUUGUUGCAUUUACAAUGGACGGGUGAUAUUACAAAGUCAAUGGAACUCCUGCAAAAGGCCAUUGAAGUUGACAAUAAAUGCGAAUUGGCUUAUGAAACACUUGGUACAAUUCAAGUGCAACGUGGAGCACUCGAAAAUGCAAUUGAAUUAUUUGAAACUGCAUUGAAAUUAAGUCGCUCGGAAUUGGAAAUGGUUCACAUCUAUUCACUACGGAAUGCCGCCAUUGCCCAAUUGAAUGUGGCGAAAAAACUUGGAUUGGACUUAUCUAGUUUAUCAGCCGUCAGUCAAGUUGGCUUUGCUUAAUGCAAUCACCGCGAAAUACUAUAUGGUUUAACUGUUGUAUUUAAAAACAAUUUACUUUUUCAGUAUACAUGAAUGAGCCAAGUAGACGGAGGUCAGAGAAGAGCAUGAAAUUGUUGUGUUUUAGUUAUUAGUCUUGUCCAAUCUUUGUCGAAACGAUGAAAGAAUUUAAGCAUCUACAAAUAAAUAGAACAACAAACACAAUU